AUGCAGCUUUCACCACUGCACCAGGCUCGCUUAGAGCACAUCCGGGGGUAUACAUGGCACCCCAUGCUAAGGUUGGAUUUCGGCAUCCUCGCCAAAUUCAGGUGGGAGGAUGAUGUCUGCGCCGACAUCGACAGCAUAGGGUGGCGCUUCCUCCUCCAGUCUCCACCUACCCACGUCUACCCUCAGGCGGUGUUGGAUUUCCUCGCCUCCAUCUCCUACACUGAGACCCCCUCCAUGGUACUGGGUCUGUCACCGACAAAAAUGGUGACGUACUUCAUGGGUGGGAUGUACCGGACCACCACCCUGGACGAGUUCAAUGUGACCAUUGGAUUCGUCCAGCCCGAGGACGUGCUGACACGGGACUACCAGGACGCUAUCUGCGCACGCCCCACCAACCUCACCACCGACGAGAUGUAG